AGCACGACUCGUCUGAUGAGCUUUGGUGGCUCACGUGUGCGGCCACCCGAGUCCGAGGGGCACGUGAACGCACCACCGCCGCGGCACAUUCGCUGCCCCGUGAGGGGCGGAGGAGGAGGCUUGAGCGGCGGCCGAGCGAAACAAUCGCAGCCGGCCGAGCAGCUGCGGCCACGCCCCCUUCGCAGCUCCGGUCCCGCCCCCACUCGAUCCCUCGGAGCGGACCGAACAUUCCGCAUCUUCUCUCCCGGCACUCGACGACGACGUACCGCGGCCGAAUUGUGUCCACUCAUGACGCGGACCGAGGACACGUCCAUGUUGGGUCGCGGCGUGAAGCGGAAGUGGAGCUGCGUGGAGGCGUUGGACGCGGCCGCUGAGGAGACGCAGCGGCGCGAUGGCGCAGACGCGGCAUCGGGCGGCUCUGGCGAUACCGGUGACAUGCGUCGGCGCGUGCUGGGCCUUAGCCUGGAAAAGCUGCAGCGCUACCGGGCCGGCGUGGAGCUCAGCCUGCGCCGCUCGGUGCUGCUCAUCAACACGCUGCGGCAGAUCCAGGACGAGAUGCGGGGCGACGUCCAGGAGAACCUGAACGCGGUCUUCUGCGCUCCGGACUCGCCUGUUCUGCAUGUGGAUCUCAAGUGUCCCGGGUGUGCGGAGGGUGGCCAAGAAAGUCCGUCCUCAGCACUGGUAUCCUCUUCCCCGGAGGUGAACUUUGGGGCGAUUAGCGACAUGGUGAACGCCAUGGGCUACCUCAGCGACCUGGCCCUGGACGACAUCUUCGAGGACAUAGACACUUCCAUGUACGAGACCUCGGACAUGUCCGCGGGCUGGAUGGUGGGAUCUCUGUGGCCCGUCAGCGUGUCCGUUUGGGCGGACGAGGACGGGAAAGGCCCCGCCGGGAGUCUCCAGUCGUGUCUGAUGGACGUGAAUGAACUGGACCACAUCAUGGAGAUCCUGGUCAAGUCCUGAUCCACCCGAAGUACAAUUGGGUGGGCGUCAAUUCCUCGUGGAUUCUUGCCAUUCGAGACAGGCUCAUUACCUAUCCCCCCGCCGAACAGCCAAGGGUUCUUCGUACUCGUCGGAUCUCGGGCCGAGGACGCAGACGGAGUGAUGACUUUAACCUGGGCUGCGUCAAGUACCGGGUUGAUGUACUGUGUGAAAGUCACUGAUACAGAGUGGGGUGUUGAAGUUGACUAGGGAGUAUCAGAGGGGUAACAACUACUGUUCUUAAGGGGAUUCUGAAAAGCUGGGACCAACCCUGUUGCAUUGAAAGCAACUGUCGUCGUCAGACAUCUACGUCAUCACAUUCUCUGACUGCAGCAAAGCUGUAUCACGAGGUCCUGAGUCAAAGGCAAAAGUGAAUGAAUUCUGUAUCAGAGGCGUAACGACGGCUCUGCGUAAGGGGAUUCAGCAAAGCACUGGACCAACCUUGUUUUGUCGAAGGAAAUUGUCGCUGUCCGAAAGCCGACAUCUAAUUGUCAAUAAAGGGGCUGAUAUCGUGCAGGGACAGAUCAAUGUUGGGAGAACCUGAUCCAUCAACCGUGGUAAAGUCGCUUGCGUCACUGAACAUCGGAAACAACUACAGUUUUCCCUUUCUCCCCUUUGGUGUCGUGGGCACAACUUAGGAGGAAACCCGAGGCUAGCGGCUUGAUUAUUAAUUGAGAUGCUUUCAAUUACUUAAGAGGCGGUAGCCGGGCCAAGCGGGACGGCAUUUACCCAACUUUGGAGUCCGAGUUUGGGACCCUUUCGGACCCUGGUGGCCAUCGCCACGACUGCUGCAACUGAUCAGUCGCGGCAACUCAGGCGACUAAGGAGACCAAAAUAUUGCUUGCGCUCUCACAAGGGCGAGGUUUCGCAGAGACCAUUAAGCCCAGAAGUUACGCUGAUGUAGCGGAAACAUCACUGCAAAGUAGCGGAGACAUCUCCAUGAUGUCUUCUCCGUCUCCUCAGUGUCCAGCAAGUCUCGGAGAUGUCAGUGAGAUCUCUUCUCAGUGGCGGACACAAUUAGCCUCUGCGACGUCUCAGAGACCCGCUGGAGACUUGGAAAAAGUCUCCAAAAGGUCUCCGAAUGUUUGAAUUUUCCGCGACUCACUGGCGACCCGUCUAGUCUCCAGGAGACGUCUCCACGACAUCUCUUGAACCAGCGCGGACGCUGACAUCAGGUCGCCAACUAGACUCCAGGCUAGUGCGAUAAGGCCUUUAUUCACCCUGACAAUUCAACCACAAGCCUCUUCUGUAAUUCUUAUCUAGUACAAUUUUAUUUAUGCUUGAAAAGCGGCCACAAGCUUCUUCUUUGUGCCUGAUUGUUUGUUGUGAGUGCAAUUGAUCAUUCAGAUCUAUUCCCUUCCGACGUUUCUGUUCCACCUUUCCGUUUCGACGAAAAGGUGGCUCUCGUGUGAAGAGCGACCGCCAACACCAGGGCUACUUUGCUGACAUGUGUCCCCCAAUUGUGAUUUCAUGACUUUUUUUGUACGGCUGAGUUUUUAUCGAAGCAAUUUUAUAUGCGAAAAACUUUUACGGUGUGCUUUACUCCUGGUCUACCUCCUGAUGUUGAUGCUCCUGUGAACCAAUCAUUCUAAAUUUUAGCUUUCUCAUGACGAGGCCCAAUCCCGUCCGACUCAUUUCGACUACGUGCCUUCUCGGUGGUGCAUCUCAGGCCUGUCCGCAUUUUCACAAAUGUUCACGACGGGGUUGGAAUUUUAUUUAUUUAAAAAAAAAAAAAUUUUACAUUACAGUCUACAUCAGAAAGCAUUUGUUGACUCUGGCGUGCAUUUCAACCAAUCAGAAGGCUGAAAAACAACAUGAUCAGUCCUAGAUUUCCAUCUGUUUAUCCAUUUUUGCUUCGGUAUGUCCUCACGAGGGUGGCGGGUAAGUGCAACGUAUUCCCGCUGACUUUAGGUGAGAGAAGUGGGGUACGCCCUUGACUGGUCACCAGUCAAUUGCAGGCCACAUAGACAAAGAAACAUUCGCAUUGAGCACCUAAGGAUCAUUUCGAGUCUACGUCAUUUUUAUCUUCAUGUGUGGGGUCUGCAGCAGAUAAAACAUCUUUGAAGAGUGGAAAAGUGUUUGUGUGUACCAGGAUGUAUGUUUUUAGAAUACAGUACCAAAGAUUCAAACUCAGAACCUCUUGACUGUGAGGCAGACGUGCUUCCCGCUAGAUAUACAAGAUAGGGCGUCCGCUACGACGUUCCGUUCCUGCAUCGGCGACGUAACCCAAAUGAGUACAUUGAAAUGCAGUGUAAUCUUAAUUACAGCAAAUAUUUGUAUGGAAAAACACUGGUAGGCCAUAAAUAUGAAACAAUGAAAUGAUAAACAGUAAGUACGGGAGUAACUGAAGUUAAGUACGGGGGUACUCGCUUUGUGAAUUCCAUUCUUACUGCGACAACGUAACACACGUUUGUACGCAAAUUGGAUUGCGCCGGAGUCUGUCGCUAAGCUACCCAAACAAAGUAGGAAAGUCCUAAUUACGGUACGUCAUACUGUACUGUAUGUUGGGACCGUGCUAAACCGAGUACGCCCUGUAUGUUUACGCGUACCUGGACAUUUUGAAAGUUAAUGUAAGUUUUCCAGAUUUACACACAAACACUUCUGGAAAACUGAGUUUUAUGAACAAAACCACACACCAAACGCAAAGAAAAAAACCCAUCCCUAUUUGUCAAUAUCUGCGUUCAUGCGGGCAUGGCCCGAGGCCCGCUGAGCGUCGCCGACUCAAGCACACAAUCUCACCCCGCACACACCGCACCGCACCACACCACACCCCGACUUCCACCACAACCCUUCUUCUGUGCUCCGGCUUCAUGUUUCCUGACAGGCUGACAAGCGAGCGGUCCAGGGAGGGGGUUGCAGGCAUAGGGAGGACGGAGGAGGAAGAAGUGGGAAGGGUGGGGUGAGGAAGCACCACUCGUGUCACGCGUCCAGUGGGAGGAGCCUGCAGCUUGUUUUGUCCAAGACCGGGCAGCUUGGCCAGUCGCGUGAAACGUGCACUCCCGUGACUUGUUUUCUUGUUUUUUGGCCUUGUUUUUCUUAUGUGUAGAAAAACACAAGAGAGCUCGACGAACCUGACCAAGUCAAUAUUCUAUUUAAUCUAAUAGAAAGCGGAACAAACGCCACAGUGUUAUUCAUGUGUGUGUGUGUGUGUGGAGGGUUAUGUAAGCACAAAUGCUGCAUGUUGUCCAUAAAAUCUUUAUAUCGUAUAUAUUUGAGUGUAACUGAAGCAUGUGUUUGCUGGUUAUAAUUCAUAAUAAUAAUGUUUUUUUUGCUGGGAUAUUUAAUAGAGUUUAUUCACCAAUACAGAAAUGACAAAAA